AUGCUCUCGGCCACGUACCACGCCCAGUGUUGGGCCAUCUCCGCCGCCGCAGUAGUCUCAUAUCACGGGUUUGUUUCCGGGCUCGGCCUGCGACGCGAAAUCCUGGACAACGUCCUGGUCCUGGCAGGAUCUGACGCCGCCCUCCAGAUUUGGGAUGGUCCUUAUCGACAGCCGCCGCGCCUCGUCCGGCUCGUCAGCACGGGGUGCCUCCUCGUCUCGCUGGGCGCAGCCACGCGACACUUUCAAGUGCCGCACGUCGACUUGGAGCGCAUCGAAUGGGCGGUCCAUGUGCUCUUGGCCUUUACGGUGCUCGGACUCGUCGAGCCCGUCAGACAAAACAGACGUGAGUUGCAGCCAUAUUUUAUAGUGUCGAGCCCUCGCACGCCACACAUACGGCCAUUUCGCUUGGCCAACGAUCUGCGAAUGAUGUACAUGGACGCCUUUAUUCGUCUUGUCCUGUUUAGCAUCACGGCCCUCGUCGGAUGGGGCCUUGGUGUCUCGUGCAUGUCCAUCUGGCAAAUCAUCCUGGGCAAUGUACAGGGCAACUAG